CAACAAAAAACCGACUGAUUCGCGACGAUUCCGGGCCAGCUGCUACGUUUUUACUCGUGUUUUCUAGUUUACCGUUCGAAUUUGACCGUGGAAAAUGGGAGAAUCGGUGGCCGACGACUGUCGGAAUCCGGACGAUGGUCCCCAGAAUGUGCUGGACGCGUUCCACUUGCAGGACAAGCAGCGAGUGUGGGAACUUAUCCGGGGACUGCCGGCUGCCGAAUUGAGCGAAGAUCGGUUUGAGGAAGCCUACCAGGAGUACUCGGAGCUGUUGGCCAAGUAUCAGGAACAGCCGCAUCUGUUGGACGGAAGCCUGGAGGAAUUGGUGACCGGAAUUUUGGCUUACGUUUUGGACGGGGAAGUCGGUGUGAUUGUAAAACACCGGGCAGCAAAGUAUUUGUACCAGAUUUGUAAGGUGCGAACAUUUAAGGCCUUCCAGAAGUAUCUGCCACAUGAGAUUCGACAUUUGAGCUUUGUGCUAGGAUAUUUGGAGCAGCAGGAUCUGGAAGAUUGGAAGAACUGGGAAACACGCUUCUUGUGUUUGCUGUGGUUGUCGAUUUUGGUUCUGAACCCGUUCGAUUUGAGUCGGUUGGAUGGCAGCGAAGAGGGAAGAUCUACUACCAUGGAAAGGAUUUACGCCGUUUGCAAGGCUAACUGUCUGAAGGACGACAGUUGCACCCCGGUAGCUGCAUUUUUGAGUUCAAACUUCCUUAUCAGGAACGACGUCAAGAAGGUUUACUUGAAGGACUUCCUAGAUUGGGCUGUUUCCGCCACCGAUAUCUAUGUCGAUCCGAAAAAUGGUCCCCUUACUGGAAUCGCCUGCGUACUGAAGCAUGGAAAGCGGGAGGAUUUGCUGCCGUUUGUCGAGAAGUUGGCCGAUUGGGUGAUCCAUUUGGAUUACGAGAAGAUUGGGAAGAACUUUAAAAUCCAUAAGGUUUGCAUCAAAAUUGGACAACGGUUGGGAUUGGUGCUACUGCCGCCAAGGAUCGCCAAGUGGAGAUAUCAACGAGGGGCUCGAUCGUUGUUGGCAAAUGUGCAGAAAACGGUCACCGUUGCUGCGAUACAGGCCGAAGCUCCCAAAAUGGAAGACUCAUCACCGGACGAAGCCGAAGACGAUGACGACGAUGAAGUUCCAGCAGAAAUCGAAGAAAUCAUCGAGCGGCUGUUGCUUGGCCUAAAACACAGUUCAACCAUCGUUCGAUGGAGUUCGGCCAAAGGCAUCGGUCGUAUCACAAACCGUCUACCGAAAGCCCUCGGAGACGAAGUAGUCUCCUCGGUGAUCGAACUGAUCAAUCCACUGGAACAGGACGACGCCUGGCAUGGUGCUUGCCUGGCACUGGCUGAGUUGGCCAAGCGAGGUCUCCUGCUUCCGGCGAGACUUCCGGAAAUUGUUCCGUUGUUGCUGCAAGCAUUGGUUUACGAUGAAAUCCAAGGGUAUCGAAACGUUGGACAGAACAUUCGUGAUGCUGCUUGCUACAUGAGCUGGGCGUUUGCUCGAGCCUACCAUCCCGCCAUUUUGCAACCGUUUGUGGAGAGGAUUGCUGCAGCUUUGCUGGUAACGGCCGUUUUCGAUCGAGAGAUUAAUUGUCGACGGGCAGCCUCGGCAGCUUUCCAGGAAUGUGUGGGACGAUUGGGUAAUUUCCCCCAUGGCAUCGAUAUUCUAACUACGGCGGAUUUCUUUUCCGUAGCUGUUCGAAGCAAUGCGUUUCUGCAAAUCAGUGACUUCAUUGCUCAGUUUGACGAGUAUCGACGGAAGUUAAUUGAUCACCUUAUAACGAAGAAAAUUAACCAUUGGGACACCAACAUCCGGGAACUCUCGGCACAGGCCUUAAGCAAUCUGGCCAAACGAGAUCCCGUCUACAUGCGGGACACAAUUCUUCCGAAGCUGUUCGAUUUGACCGAAACAACUGAUUUGAAUGCACGACAUGGUGCUUCUUUGGCAAUUGGCGAAAUCAUACUGUCUCUUAAACAAAUUCCUAAAGUUGUCGACGAGGAAGAGUACAUUUCAAAUCCGAUUGUGGAACGAGCCGGACAGUUGGUUAUCAAAUUCCGUCAACGGGGACAGUUUAAAGGAAUGAGUGGAACCUACAUGAAGCACGGAUGUGCCAGUUUCAUCAAGCAUUGCAGCGAAGCUGAGCUGGCUUUGAGUGCGGAACAAAUCGAAUCCUGGCAGCUACUCCUGGACGAAUCAAUUAUCGACGAAAAGACCACAACCCGGGAGCUGGCAGUGGCAGCAUUCGCAUCCUUCUGUAACAGUUACUAUCGUUCCGAGGAACCGCAGAAGCUGAUGGUCCUAAUAGACAACUACCUGAAAGAACUUCGGGACAGCCAGGUGGAACACAAAUCGCAAGGAAUCGUUUCGGCUUUGGGUGUUUUGCCCGAGUUCAUGCUCGAGCUUAGACUGUCGGAAAUUUUAGAUGCGCUCGAUGAAAAGACGGUUCUUCCAGCGUUGCUCGCAGUCGGAUAUAACCAUUCGGAAAUGAGACGAGAUUGCGUCAAAGCCUUGAUGAACAUUGUUCAAACGGUUGGAUUCGAUGGCAGGUUUGAUUUGGAGCUAGUAUUUGGGAUUUAUCUACGAGCUUUGGAUGAAUAUGCCAUCGACAGUCGAGGAGAUAUCGGAUCAUGGGUUCGUGAAGCUGGAAUCAAUGCACUGUUUCAUUUCCUAACCAGUUGUCCCUGUGAUCGUUUGAAACCUGAGCUGGUUCAAAAAUCAUUGGUAGCCAUUGCUAAGCAGUCAGUUGAAAGAAUCGACAAAAUUCGAGCGGUGGCUGGUAAAAUUUUUGCCUCUCUGCUUUACUAUCAACCGGAUAUUCCACACAUUAUUCACAAAGACGAACUGAAGAAGAUAUUCCCAGAAGAUACCACAGAAGUUUUGUGGCUGUUUCCGCACCAUACAUUCCCGCUGUUUAUUCAGCUCCUCAACUUCCCCGAUUACGUUGACAGUAUUGCAGCAGGACUGAUUCUUUCGGUUGGAGCACCGACAGAAUCUCUUCACAGUUGUGCCUCCAAAAUCAUGAAUGAGUAUCUCAAAACACAUACAGAUUUCAUCCCACAAUUUGGUGCAACUGUGUUGCGAAUUCUGCAGGAGAAAUCACCGAAAGACGUUUUGUUUAUGACCUCCACUUUUAAGUUUCUCUCGGAAUUGCUCUCUUCGUCCGUUAACUCUCGGAUGCUGCUGUCGGACGAGCUUUCGCCAAACUUCCCGGAAGCGAUUUUCACCCUAGUGAACGACCUCAUAACUCACAGUAAGAAACAUCUUAAUUCGAUCCCAGUGUAUUGUGCCCUUAUGUUGGCGCCGAAAAUUUGCAAACGCGUCCUCAGCAAACUUGUUUGUUACUUGGGCAUGUUGUGCGUUAACAUAAGGCGAGAAACGGCUCUGAAAAUGUAUGAAACCCUGCUGGUUUACGGGGAUCAAACCAGUAUACCGGAGGAAAAUUUGGACGAAGUGCUGGCCUGUUUGAGUGAGGAAAAAUGGGAUGGAGAGCUCGAGGAAGCCAGACGCAUUAGGAAUCGACUGUGCGAUUUGAUGGGAAUUAAGGCACCGGUGGCGAGGGUAAAGAAGUAAUACUUCAUCCCUCAGCUUAUUUGAAUUUCUUGUUUGAUUUUAUAGAUUUUGUCUAAAUCAAAGCAGAACUGUUACUGCAACCUAAAAUUAUGUUUUUGAGUAAAUUCUCUCGCACAGGACGCUUCAACAAUGAUGCACGACGUAUGAUUUGAUCGCACGAAAAAAUACUAAUAAAAAACUGCUUAACUUA